CCAAGAGUUACGACAGACCACAAUUAUUUCUAGACCUCGUAUCACUGACUUUGUCAAACCGCUGCUGCUCACUGGAAGUGUUCCUGCUUUGGAAUACAAAAUCUCGUAUGCGAUUGCUCGGGCUGCCUAUCACGAAUUCAAGGCGGUCUUUGCUCUCUUGUUUGGACCUUCAUUCCUCAUUUCCAUUCCAGGCCGCGAUGUCAUCUAUUCGACGACUUCAUCAGCUUCAGGCAGCCCUAUCUCCAAUAUCUCCAGAGUCCAUAGGCCAACUGAAGCUUGGCGAUAUUACUUAUGAUGUUCCAGAAAGCCUUCAUGCGGCACGGCUUCCCCGAAUCUCAGCUAGCGAAGAGCAUCAGUCGGUGCCGCUGGAUGUCCACGAUACCAUGACACUGGAUAAUCUGCAUUUUAUGCUGCAGAAAUAUAUUUUAGGACAGGACGUAUUUCUGAUAUCUCAGCCCGGAGGGCCAUAUGCAAGGAGAUUGGCCAUGACCUUUUGCAGGCUCGUCAAUUCAGAAUACGAAUAUAUCGCCCUGCACAGGGACGUCAGCGAGACGGAGCUCAAGCAAGGAAGAGAAAUCCGCCAGGGUGGUAACUUGGUCUAUGUUGACAGCGCCGCAGUGAGAGCUGUCAAGACCGGCAGGAUAUUGAUCAUCGAAGGCAUAGAGAAGGCUGAACGAGGUAUUAUGCCUCUACUGAACAAUCUUUUAGAGAAUAGAGAGAUGAAUUUAGAUGACGGUACACAUAUCCUUCACCCUCACCGAUUCGCCCUCCUCGAUCAAGAUACUGCCCAAUCAGGCUCCUCUUCACGCAAGGUCUUCGUUCCGGCACAUAAAUCAUUCCGUGUAAUCGCCAUUGCGGCACCGGUCCCUCCCUACUCUGGAUAUCCCUUGGACCCACCAUUCCGAAGCCGUUUUCAAGCUAGAUUCGUAGAUCCCGUCGGCGCACUAAUGUCCCUAACACGCUCCAACUCAGAGCUUUCUUCGAAGACCAGAAUCGUGGACAGCAACGCCAGUCAGAAUCUAAUGGACAGGCUUCGCGAGCUUGUACUCUCUACCCAGUAUGCCUCAGAGUCACGACAUGCCAUAGAUUCUGUGGCAGGGUCAGCUCUUCCUGCAUUCCCUCAGACUGCCUUGGCCAAGUUAGAACGCAUCCUUGCAUGUUUUCCUGUCCCCGAUGGCGCGGCAUUGAACCAGGCAGAAUUGGGGAGGCUCAUGCUCAUACUGAAUCCUGGGCUCCUUUCCGCACCAUGGAGGGCUUGGGCAAUGCUCAGCGAGCGAUGCGAGGUCAUGGGACUUGGUCCUCUGCAUCCGGACGCCACACGAGAAUCAGCGGGUACAGGUCUCUUAGGAUAUAAGGUCAUUGGUAUCGAACGAAUAGAUACAGAUACCGCUCAGAUCACAUUCGCCGCACCCAGUGGACAUUUGUGCCAUCAUCGCAUCCCGUGCGGUCCGAACCCUUUGAAACCUUUCCCCGAAGUAUCCUCCAAAUCUACCGACUCUGGAUCCAUUGCUACGCCUCGUGUGGUCGGUCUACUGACUGCCUUCCUCCAAGCCCAUGCACUCGGCUACGACAUCUCAUAUGUGCCACCUGCCAUGCCAGGCUCAACUGCUUCGUGCUCAACAAGCACACUAGUUCGGCUAUUCGGGGAGUGCCUUGGGUAUGAAAGAGACGUCGUGAAUUUGUGGAAGGAAGUUGGUGGACGGGAGCUUUUAAUGAGGCGAAUCGUGGAAGAUGGUGGCGCGACCCGAUGGGAGCCAAGCUCUCUCAUUGAUGGAGCCUUGAAGGGCAACCUCGUACAUCUAGCCGGCCUAGACGUCAUUGGGCUGACCGCCGGCUCCCUAGCUCGGUUGAUGCAAGACAGAGAAUGUGAAUUAUGGGAAGACAAACGCAUUGUAGCCCACGCUUCUGAGGAAGAAGUUGCUUCUGGUGAAUUGCGCGUGGCACACCCUUCGUUCCGUGUGAUCGCCACAGCAUCUCAAUCAGUGCCUCUCAGGGACUGGCUCACGCACGAGCACUCAAACAUGUUCUUCCCAAUCCCAGCAAUCCCCAUGCCUCACACCGAGGAAUCUGCCCUCCUCCUCGCAACCGGUUGUCCAUCCCAUGUCGUCGACACCAUGAUGCUGUUCGCCGAAAAAUACCGUGCGAGCAUGCUCGAAGGCGCAAACAAAGAAGGUGGAGGUAGCCGAGGGGACGAAGCGGUGUUAAAGAAGAGAAGGCUGGGAACGAGAGGAUUGAUUAGGAUGGCUAAGUGGGUGGCGUUGCUUGGUCUGGGAAGGGGUGUAGACGUGCGGCCCGUCCCUGUCGACGGCCUACACGAGAUGAUCUGCAGGUCGUUGCUCGCCGAGUUUCUACCGCCCACGGAACGGAUGAACCUCGAUAUUAUGCUGGAGGAGUGUGGCGUUGUGAAGACUGCACCUGUCUUCAAUCCGUCGCCCAUCUCUCAGGAAGAGGGUCUUUUGUUUCCUGCACCCAGCUAUUCCGCCAAAGGAGAUCGAGGCGCACAAGACAUUCUCAUUCCACGGUUUGCAAAGCAAGAUGAUCCCGAGGGCGCGAGGAGCUUUGUGCCACACAUGGACCAUUUUUACGACAACAGUCUACAGACAGCGUCAAUGAAGGACCUCGCAAUAGAUUUCGAGGUGCUGGGAGAGCACUUGGUCCUGUUGGGGAAUCAGGGUGUUGGCAAGAAUAAAAUUAUCGACAGGCUCUGCCAACUCCUCAAACGUCCGCGAGAAUAUAUACAACUUCAUCGCGACACUACCGUCACCCAGCUCAUGUUCCAAACCUCGCUUGAGAACGGAUUGAUUAAACACACCGACUCGCCGCUUCUGCGCGCCAUCACACUUGGCCGCGUCAUAGUCAUCGAUGAGGCGGACAAGGCCCCUGAGCACGUCGUCGCCAUUUUCAGAAGUUUGGCUGGGCAAGGAGAGUUGUCGUUGAACGAUGGACGAAGGGUGAAGAGGACGAAAGAGAAGGGGGGUGAUUUGGUGGUGCAUAAGAAUUUUAGGAUGAUUUUGUUGGCGAAUAGACCUGGAUAUCCUUUCUUAGGCAAUCACUUCCUCCAGGUCCUCGGCGAUAAUUUCAGUUGCCAUUCCGUGUCAAACCCAGACCUUGAAUCAGAACGACGGCUACUCUCGCAGCUCGCGCCUGAACUAGACGAGGAUCUGAUUCGAAGACUUGUCGGCGCCUUCGACGACCUUAGGAAAGGAUAUGUGGAUGGAUCUCUCACUUAUCCAUACUCUCUGCGUGAACUGAUGGCUAUCGUGCGCCACAUGCGUGCAUAUCCGACCGACACCCUCGACCAUGCCCUUCGCAAUGUCUUUGAUUUCGACGUCUACAGGCCUGAGGCUAUCGACAAGCUCGCCAAAAUCCUCGAACAUCAUGGCCUGCAAGUUCAACAUCUCGGCCUCGAAGCAGCUCGCGAAGCCUCCAAGAAGAAAGUCCUCGACCUCAAAUUCGAACCCAAAGGCGACACCUCACUCGACAAACCCAAAUUCGGCAAAGAAGACCCGGCAAACAAACCUCACACAGGCGGCAACACCUGGGCUGGCGGGACCGGCGGACGCGAUACGGCUGGUCUGGGCGGUCGUGGGGGUUACAUGCGUCUGUUCAAGGGGCACGAUAUAAAUCAGGUAUCUGACGAGCUGAAGAAGGACGUGUCGAAGGAGGCGCAGAAACAGGCUAGGGAGAUGGCGAGAGAAGAGUUGAAGAGGAGGUUGGAGGAGUUGAAUUUGACGGCAUAUGAGGCGAAGGGUUACGCGGCGCUUUUAGGGCCUGUGCAAGCGCAUGUGGCACAAUUGCAUGAUUUGUUAGAGAAUUUGGCAGCGAAGGAGGAAGAAAGAGUGUGGAUCAAGCGACAGACUGAUGGAGAGCUGGAUGAUAGUAGGUUGACGGAAGGAUUAACCGGGGAGGCUACGGUCUACAAGAGGAGAGGAAUGGCUAAACCUGAGCUUGGGAGGCCGCAGAUCAAGCCCAAGCGGAUCCGUUUCCUAUUCGAUGUCAGCGGAUCUAUGUAUCGCUUUCAGUAUGAUGGCCGGCUCCAGCGCAGUCUCGAGACCGCGGUCAUGAUUAUGGAGAGUUUCGAUCGUCUUUCGAGGAAGGACAAGUACGUUUGGGACAUAUACGGUCAGUCUGGAGACUCUCCGGAUAUACCGCUGGUGAAGAUGACGGAUCCAGUCUCUGAAGUCGCGGACCGAUGGAAGGUCGUAGAGAAGAUGAAUCUGACGACACAAUAUGCUUUCUCUGGGGACUUCACAGUCGAAGCGCUGGAGAAGGCAGUGACAGAAGUGUCCAAGUUCGAUGGAGACGACCAUUUCGUGAUCGCUAUCACGGACGCGAACUUCGCUCGCUAUGGAAUCUCAGCUGACGACUUGCAAAGAGUCAUGACCCGCCAGCCUAAGGUCAAGACCGCUUUGAUCUGCAUUGGUGAGGGUGCAGAAGUCGCUUGGAUACCAAAGCGUCUACCAGGAAAAGGUUUCAGAGUGGAUAAUACAGCCGAUAUACCGAACGUGUUGAGGAGUAUUCUGUCCACCAUGGUAGACGGAUAAAGGGUGGCCACCGACUUGGUGGCAACAGCCUGAGUGGGCAAUGGGUUGUUGGCAGUGAGUUGUGUGGCUCCGUGGAUUUGAAGGAUUGUACUAUAGGGAUCUCAUGUAUUUAUCUAUGUAACAAAAU